GAUCCACGUUCUACGUCCAUGAUACGUAAAUCACUUCCAAAAGACUAGGACACCUUCUUCACACGUCCCACGUCAUGGGACUCUACAUAAACUUGUUCAAUAAUUCCUAAAUAUUAGGAUUAAGGUAAACCGUGUUUGAAUUACAAAUCCAACAAAUCAGGCAUGAUAAUUAUUUAAAUAUUAUGUCCUAGUCUCUGAGGAACACCAAAUCUUUUUUCUUAAUUGACAGAUUAUAUUUCCAUCUUUGCCGUAACAUUUGCGAGAUUACCAUUCGUUCCCAAAGAACUCUAUCAUGUACCACUGAUCUAUUCCACUGCUGUUGGUUCCGAACAAUAUAGUUUCGGUAUUGAUACGAGUCAUACGACGGCUUCAAAAAACAUCCCCAGAUGAUAAAUAAAAUUCAUAGUAUGAGUUACCGAUUAUAUUGCAAUACCACAUGUUGUUAUCGGAUGAGAAUGCAUGCUCUGUUCACAAAUAAAUUUAAAGGAGUGGCAAAUCUCAAGGUGGUGGUGGAGUUGGGAAGAAGAUGUAGUUGGUGUCAUGGUGGAGAUGGAGAACAAGUUGUCCCUAAAUUAGGUUUUUAAUGUUUAGUUGUUGGGUGAUUUCAUUUGUUGGUGUAAAUAAAAAAAGUCAAGAUAUGCAUUUAGGAAAAAUGAAAAUUUAAAUGGGUGAUACAUAGGAGAAUAGGGGAUGGGAAUUUACGUGGAUUGGAAAUAGGGAAAGUUGGGAUGGGAAUCAGGUAAAACCCUUUCCUUCGGGAAAAAAGAAGAAGUAGAAUUUCGUUCGUCCUAUUAUACUCCUGCAAACAAUUUCAUUUCUCCCGGAACCAUUUCUCUGCCAAAGAAAGAAAAAAAAAACUCAAAAAGUUUCGGUUCCUAUGGCAUCACUGAAAGAAAUCUUAACAAGAAGACCAAUAUCAGCAACAAUAAGAUCAACAGUACCAGCAGGAGGAGCAAGACCAGCGCCACCAGUUGGUCCAGCAUUAGGUCAGUAUCGUUUAAACCUAAUGGCAUUUUGUAAAGAUUUCAAUGCAAGAACACAAAAAUACAAACCCGAUACACCAAUGGCAGUAACAAUCACAGCAUUUAAAGAUAAUACAUUUGAGUUCACUGUGAAAUCUCCAUCUGUUACUUGGUAUUUGAAAAAAGCUGCUGGGAUUGAAUCUGGUAGUGGCCGUUCUGGUCAUGUUGUUGUUGCCACUUUAACACCUAAACAUAUUUAUGAGAUUGCCAAAGUUAAACAAUCUGAUCCUUACUGUCAGUAUAUGAGUCUAGAAUCGAUUUGUAAAUCGAUUAUUGGGACUGCUAAUUCUAUGGGUAUUAAAGUUCAGGACGAAUUGGAUUGAGAUAUUACAACAGCGGAGAAGGAUUUGGAUUUAAUAGUUUGAAAAAUUGGGUAGAUUUUUAGUUUUGGGGUUUAUUUGUUCUAUAAGUUUGGUUGUUGGUGAUGAAUGAAAAGUACUUUGUUUAACAAUGAAUUGAAAGUGUUAUGUGAAAUGAGGAAUGAAACCCUUUGCUCUGAA